CAGACAGACAGAGUGUGUACCGCAGGAUGCCCGCAGCUCCUGCGGCCAGGGGCUGAAGUAGGGCGAAGGACAAGAGGUCGCGAGGAGAGGGAGAAGGAAGGCGGGAGCGGCGCGCCUGGAGGGUCUCUCGCCCGCUCCGAGGAUGGCGCCGGUGAGCGAGCAGCUGGAGCCGCAGGGCGCGGGGGGAGACGCCGCCGGCGCGACCCCCCUGCCCGGCCCGGCGGCGGUCGAGGAGCCGCGGCGGGAGAACGGCGGCGGCGGAGAGUGGUGCCCCGGGAGCGGCGAGAGCGGGGUCCGGCCCCGGGCGGCGGCGGAGACCCCCGGGAGCCCGGGGUGCCCCGGGAGCGCGGCGGCGCCGGAGCCCCCCGAGGGCGGCUGGGGCUGGGUGGUGAUGCUGGCCGCCAUGUGGUGCAACGGCGCCGUCUUCGGCAUUCAGAACUCAUGCGGGGUCCUCUUCGUCUCCAUGCUCCGGCUCUUCGGCAGCAGCGAGGACAAGCAGCUGGUCUUCAAAACAGCAUGGGUGAGCUCUCUUUCUAUGGGAAUGGUCUUCUUCUGUUCCCCAAUAGUCAGCAUAUUCACAGACCUGUUCGGCUGUCGAAAAGUCGCUGUUAUUGGAGCUGCAGUAGGGCUUGUUGGACUCCUUUCGAGUUCUUUUGUAAGCACCAUUGAACCUCUGUAUUUCACCUACGGGAUCUUGUUUGCCUGUGGCUGCUCAUUUGCCUACCAGCCAUCGCUGGUCAUUCUCGGGCACUACUUCAAGAAGCGCCUUGGACUGGUGAAUGGCAUUGUCACCGCAGGCAGCAGCUUGUUCACAGUGUCACUGCCCUUCCUCCUGAGGGUCCUGAUCAACUCCGUCGACCUGUACAACACCUUGAGGGUCCUCUGCAUCCUUAUGUUUGUUCUGUUCCUGGCUGGAUUCACAUACAAACCCCUUGUUCCUAACACCAAAGACAAGGAGGGAGGAAAGAAGGGAAAAAUCAAAUUACCUCCUGCGAAAAAGAUUUGCAAUUUCUCAGUUUUCAAAGUUCUCAGUUACCGAAUCUGGGCUUUUGGGAUCCCAGCUGCGCUUUUUGGAUACUUUGUGCCUUAUGUUCACUUGAUGAAUCACGUAAAAGACAGAUUUGGUGACAGCGUGCCAGAAGAAGUGCUUCUGCUAUGUCUGGGCAUUACUUCAGGAGUUGGCAGAUUGGUCUUUGGCAGAGUUGCAGAUUAUAUUCCUGGUGCAAAAAAAAUAUAUUUACAGGUGGCCUCAUUCUUUUUUAUCGGGCUGAUGUCUAUGAUGAUUCCACUGUGCAAUGUCUUUGGAGCUCUCGUUGCUGUCUGUCUCUUCAUGGGCCUGUUUGAUGGCUGCUUCAUUUGCAUUAUGGCUCCUAUUGCCUUCGAGCUCGUUGGGGCUCAGGAUGUCUCCCAGGCCAUUGGAUUUCUGCUUGGACUCAUGUCAGUGCCUAUGACAGUUGGUCCACCCAUUGCAGGUUUGCUGCGGGAUAAGCUUGGCACCUAUGAUGUGGCAUUUUACCUGGCUGGAGUUCCUCCCCUCAUUGGAGGAGCUAUUUUGUGUUUCAUCCCCUGGGUCCACGAACGGCAGAAGCUGAAAGAGAGAGCAAAACCUGUUGAUGGAGAAACUACUGAGAAAAUGCUGGAAAACGAAAGCACUUUGGUGUCAGACGCGACAGAAAAGCCAGUCAAAGAACUGGAUUCUGGCUUUUGAUGCCUUUUUCUUUUCCUUGUACCAUCCUGACCUCCUACUGAAGCUAGAUUUCUACUUUUUGGCUGAAGAUAUUAUACAAUACUGGAGUCUUGAACUAUUGCUCAAAUUGAAAAACUGCUACAAGAAUCUUUUAUACCAUUGAACUUUUUUUGACAAGUCUUUGAAUUUGAUUUCAAGCCACAUUUUCAAGGUAUUUGAAGUUUUGUAGCUUUAGUGUGCACGUGCGUAGUGAUUCUGUGUGAGAAGAUAAUAUUUUUCUAAUCCAUCAGGACUGAUUUCUGGAAAUGUGAAAGCUGUUUUUCCUUCACUGACCUGGGAUUCUUCAAUGAUAUCUAUGAUCCAUCCUCUGCAGGCACAUCCGCUGAGUGUUUAUACUGGAUAAUGUAGUAGCUCUUGUGACUGAUCUGUUUUUUUGAAGUUUAUCAUGCUGUUUACAGUAUUUUAUAGUUCUCUAUUGUGAACACAAAUAUGCAGCCUUUUGCUGAAAUGAUUGUUUCAUUAGAAAGCUAAAUUAUUAUGUAACUAUUGAAACACUCGCUUGUGUUUGCAUUCAGCUUUCACAUUAGCCCAAAGAACAUUAAGGAUGGCAUUUUUGUUGGGCUCAGGUUUUGAAAAUAUGUGCAAACACGUUCAGAAAUUAAGCUGCUGAAUAAUAGAUUUUUUUUAUUAUUAUUAUUAUUUGGUGAAGGCAAUACCCUUAAGAAGUAUGUGUAUAAAUCUUUUUCAGCCAAACCUCAGAGUAGUGGAUAGUUUUGGAACUGUACUGACUUAUUUCUUUGGAGCAGUAUUGUGAAUUAGACUAAAUUUCAAAGUAUUCUGUUGUAUUUGUUAGGACUUUUUUUUUUUUUGUUGUUCAAAAAAUCAAGACAGCUUUAAAGGAUACAUUCUAAGUGCAAUACCAAGUUGUUUAUAAUAUGAAAAUAUACACGAGCUAUUAAAACAACAUUCAACAAUUAAAGAUUUUUGCACUAAGUGAACAUGCAGGUAUAUUACAUGUUUUUAUAGCUGUGCUCCAUUGCCUGUAGAUUAUAUGGCUCCAUACUUUAAUCAAAUAUAAAGAAAUGUCUUUUCAUGUCCUAUUUCUUGCUUAACAUCCUAGACAAAUGGCCCCAUGGCUUAUGUAUUCUUAGGUAUUAUACAUUGUUUGUCAAGCAAGUAACCUCUUUUUCUGAAAAAUGUUUAAAAGCCUAAUACUUUGAGAUGAAAACACUGCAUUUCAGUUGAUCAUAAAAUACUUCUAAGCACACUGCUUAUCUGUGGAUAUGGUUCAGCAAUCACUGGAAUACUCAAUCAUACUUUAUUUCAGGUUCAUUCAAUACCAAUAAUUUUUGUUGCCUCAUUUAAAACUGUCAUACCAGAGUAAACUAAAUGUGAUCUGGACAAAAUGCAUAUUUAAGUGCUUUUUUAAAAUAGUAACUGUUAUUUACAUAAACCAUGGAGGCAUACUGUUAAUUUUUUUAAAUUAUAGCCUUUAUUAUCUUUUCUGUUUUCAUUCUUCUUUUUCCAGUGUUGUAGUAAAUUACUCAGAAAACCCAUAUAAAACAGCAAUAAUAUUGCAUUUAAUGUUUACAUUUAGCAACUGACAGAAAUUCUUUAAAAAUAAUCAUGCAAAGCAUUCUAAUUAUUGUAGACCAAAGCUCAGGCUUUUUUAUGUUGCAGAAUUUCAAUCCCUGCUUUGCAUGAGCGAAGUCUAAAAGAAUUGAAUAUUAAAAUGUUAAGGAGACAUAUGUGGAAGGAAUUAGAGGUGGGGGCGGGGAAGCCAAUCUGGAGAACUGAGAUCCCUUCAGGUUCACUAGGACUUGUGCUUUGGCACAUUGUAAGUACUUCUAAAAAUGUCAUGAAAUUAUGCAUAAUAGUGUUAGUUAAAUUUACUGCCUUCAUUACAGAAGUGAUGCUGACAGGCAAUGCUGCUCUUGUUGGGAGUGUUUCUGUAGAACAUGAUAUUCAGUAUUAUUUUCCAUUUGGACAACACAGAAGGUGUUGGUUAAGUGCUGGUAAAAGACUCUCAUUUCUUGUUCUGUUAUGAAAAAUUAGUAUUCAUCAUAGAUUUCCAAUUUCAUGUGUUUUUAGCCCUGAAUUUUAUACCAAACCAAAAACAAAGCUGCUGCUUUUUUUAUCACUGAUGCAAUUUGAAAUGAUUGUGACCAGGUAUUUUGGUGUAAUUAUGGCGUCUUUCCAACUUGCUGCUCUGCAUCUCUAAAUUAUCUGGGAGAGUAUAUAAAAUAUUAUAAAAUAUAAAUGUUGUAAAGAUUUAUAAAUGACAUGGAAAUAGUUUAUCAAUAGUUUGGAUUAAUUAUUGCCAUGCUGUUAAAAAAAAUCUGAACUCUCAUCUGCAUAAAAUUUAUAAAAAUCCCCAAACAAACAAAAACUGCAAAAACCAUGACCUCCAUCAGGAGGGUAUAGUGACUAAUUGUUUAGGAGUGAUUCCUAUGGUAAAACCAGCUACUGAGUGGGAUGUUGGAUGAGAAGGAAGCAGAGUUUAGGGGGAAGGAAGCUCUGCUGGUGUGACGAUGUUGGAAUAACAAACCCUCUUCUGAUUCAGUUCUUGUUUUGCAACAAUGUUAAAAUUGGAAAGGCUUUUCAGAGAAGAUAAAGUAAAUUACUGUCCAAGAACUCUAUUAGCAUAUUUUCUGUUAGUUUUUAUCUGUGUAGGAAAUGUCCAGUAGCAAAUGCUCUUUUCUGGACAAAAGCAUGAGGUGUUUGUCUCCUAAAACUAGGUAAGAUGAAAGACAAGCUCAGAUUGUGCUGAGGCUGAACAACCACUGAGAAACUUACUGAGAUACUAGAUCCUGUAUGCCCAGAGGUUUUAGAAAUGAGGUUAGAUGACUCUUUUUUAAAAACCAAAUAAAUCCCCCUAACAAACGAAAACAUGAAAACCCCUACACUAAUAGCAACUAUUUAGUAAAUUUAUUUUUUAAAAAAUCUAAUAUUGUAGAAGUGGAGGAAAGGACUAAACAUUAAAUUUUAUUUAACUGAAUAAAUACAAAUAAGAUUUCGCAACAAUUUAUUUUUAGGUGUGAAAACAUUUUCAUGGGAAACCUGCUGGAAUCGUAUUUUGAUGACCCAAAUCAUGCCAGCCUUAAUCUUGUUGGGGUAGAUUCUAAAAUUAAAAUAGUAGUUUAAUUCAAGAUGACCCUUAAAUCCCUCUGAUAUCCCUCUCUUGAGAAUAGUUCAUAGAGUACUUUCCAUAGACAUUAUUCUUGUAUCCUAUAAAGCAGAGUAGUCAUCUUUUUAUUUGAUGUUCUCAGGGCAAAUCUUCAGAAGAAAAUGAGUGGAAAGAGGUUCACUUAAAAUGGCAGCAUAAAAUUUUCAGUCCUUGGUGAUGCUCUUGUUUAAUAUAUCAGAUCUUGAAACCAAUAUGAAUUUUGAGCAAGGUUUUAUACUUUUCCCAUAGGUAUGAGAUUUUUUUAGUCUUAAGAAAACAGUUCAGCAAAGAGUCUGAAAUAAUGGAAACCCUUUGAGUUCUUAAUUACACCUCAUCUAUGCAACAGGAUCCAACGUGUAACUAAUAAAGUAUUGUUGGAUUUGUCCUGGCUGCUUUUGAAGACUUGUACAAAUCUCAAAGCCAGACUUCAAAUUAUAACGUAGUUACAAUUUCUUGCAUCCUGGUGUUUGUCUAUUCAGCAUUAGUAUUUAAAUUAUUUUUCUAAUUUUACUUCCGGUGGCAAUUUAUUGUCCCUGAAAAUUGCCCCCACGAGUCAAAGAUGCUAUAGCUCCCACUGUAAAGCAGAAAUGCCCUGCUCAAUUCCUUGUCUCGGGCAGUAGAUGCCAAAGGGACAGGAGGUGCUUCCUUGCAGCCCCAAAGGAGGGUCUAUGUCAGGUUGGGAAUCAGUGCUACAAUCCUUCAGGUCAUCCUUAAGCAGCUGGGCUCUCUCUCCCUGUGCUGGCACGGGGCAGUUCCCUGCUUCCCUGCUUGCCGAGGGGCUCAGCUGUGCCCUCUGAGCUGGGAGCAGAGGCAAUGCUUGGUCUGGGGCUCUGAUUCCUCCUUGGAGAGCUGGAAGUGUUAAAGACAUCAGAAAGGACGCUCUGUUAUUAAGAGUGUGUAUCUGAAAAUACAGUGUAUUUUGACCAGGGUGUGCAUAAACGUGCUGCAUCUCACUAGAGGAGGUGUACUUCUGAAAUGUGAGAGAUGGCUGAAGAAAAAGUGAUCCCUUUCUUUGUGUACCUCCCUGUUGACAAGCACAGCAGCAAUAGAGUUCCAGCCAGCCAGUGAGUUUCUGGUCGUGUAAACUUUGGCAUAUGUACAGUAUACCUUCUAGUCUAUAUAUAGCUUGUGUCAACAACUGUAAUGUUUUGGAAGUGCACAUGCUAAGAUUAGAGUGAUUUUAUACUAAAAUGUUUGCUAAUAUUGACAACACUGACAUGUUUAAGUAUCUUUGUAGACAUCAUAUUUUGUAUGUUGUUUUUGAUAUUAAAGGGUACAUGUUUUGCUAGCCUUAACUCCAGUCUUGCAAGUUCUGCUUUGUUAGAAGGGUAAGAAAUGAAUGUUUAAUGUUUUUCGUGGUGCUAAAGUAACUGUGAUCGGUCUCAAAUUAUUCAGAAUAAAGAUGGUAGUUCUUAAGUGC